GGUUGUUCGUCUGGGGUGCUCCGGUCUACGGCGGCCGACCGGGCGGGGUCGCCGGGACCGCGGGGACCAUGGGGGCCGCAGGGCGGGCUCCUUAGGCGGCUGUCCGCCCGGAAACGGCGCUCUCGUAGGCCUAGGAGCAGCGGAGCGGGCCAGGCUCCGGCCUUCCGCAGACCGCGCGAGGCUCGGAGUCGCUGUUGGGAGAGGCCGAGGUGUUCUGGGCCUGGAAGGCGUUUUUAGUGUCUUUAAGCGGUCGUGUGCUGCCUGCCCACAUAUCUUACGUGCUUAAGUAAGGGUCUUGUCAGCCGGCCCACGGCACAGGUUGGACUCAGCUCACCACGUGGCCUCCAAAGCUUGCAGUCGCGAAUUUGAAAGGAGCAUUCAGAAAACUGGGUAAAGCAAAGUGAUGGCUCAAUCAGAGGUGGAUUCUGUUGACUGUGUGACAUCGGAUAGAGAUGGGGACAUUGGAAAUCAAAGUGAUGACUCAUCCAAUAGCAGCUUAUUUAAAACACAGUGUGUUCCUUCACCUACAAGAAAGCAAAGAAUCCCUACUGUGAAAUGUGUUCCUUCACUUGCAAGUGUUGAAACAGAUUCAUCAAGUGACUCUUCUCUAGAACCAAGGCCUUUGACUUUAAAGGCUAUUUUUGAAAGAUUUAAGAAAAAGAAAAGGAAAAAGAGGAAAAAGAGAAAAUAUAAGCCAAAGUUAAGACGACAAGGAAGACCAUCUGGAACGAGGAACAUUAGAAGGUCACAAAUAGAUGCAAAACAAAUUAAAGACAAAGGAGCUGUGUUUCCAUUCUUAGAAUCUGAAAGUGGAAGAAAGACUUUACCUUGGAAGAAAAUUUUAACAUAUGAGCAAGCAGUUGCAAGAGGAUUUUUUCACCACAUUGAAAAACUCAAGUAUGAACACCACCUUAAGGAAUGCUUGAGCCAAAUGCAUGCUGGGGAAGAUUUAGAAAAGGAAGACUUUGACAGCCGUAGACACAAGUACAUGGAUGAUGAUGGUCCGCUUUCUCCUAUUGAAGAGCCGUCAACUGAAGAUGAAGCAACAGAUCCUCAGUCUGAAUGUGAUAUUAAGUUGGUUGAAGACAGUUGCUUUAUAAUAAGUACAGAAUUCCCAAGGAAGAGAAACUUAGAACAAGAAAAGAUUAAGAAAGAAUCUGCAUUCUCUAAAAAGAGCAAAGCCAAGGAUGCCACACAGAGAGGGAACAGGAGGUCCUGGAAAGGAGGUGAACAUGCUUGCCUUCAUUCUGAAGUCAGUUAAAAGAUGCCCAUGAAUGGAUGUUUGUUUCAGUGUUGUAAGUAGCAUGUCAAUUUACAUCUUCACAGUAUGUUAGCUUGAAGUAAGUGAUGCUAUUUCUAUGAAAGUUUUAGAGUACUCCAAUCCUUAGGAAAUCCUAGAACAUUAGAAUCAAUAAUUUGAACUGAGAUAAGUAAAGAAGGCUAUAAGGUCUUAUACUCAAUUUAUAAUAUUAUAAACUUUUCUCAAGCAUGGUUUAUAAAUUAUAACAAAUUUGUAACAUCACAAAUAAUAAUGUUUGAAAAGUAUGAGUUAACUAAAAUAGGUACUAUUCUAAAAAAUCAGGUUGCCCAUAAGGCUCUUCAUGAAAAUUCAGUUUUAUGCUGGCACUUAAAUUAUCUUUAAUCUGCCUGAUGUAAUUGUCUCUGAGCCUUACUGCCUUUUUGCUAAAUGAAGGCCUAGUCUUGGAAGCUUCUAGCCUCUGCACAAUCUGAUUUAGGCCUAGAAUGUUUUCAGCCUCUGAGACUUAACUGCUGAAUAAAUAAUCUCACACUUUUCUUGUUCUUACUGAAUUUUUGUCUGGUUUAACAAAGCUGUUGUGGUUCAUACUCUAACAAGGUGACUGAUUUAGUCUGACUUCUGCCUCAAACUACCUUGCAAUUUGUUCUGAUAUUUUGGGCUCCUCUCUCUUGGCAUAUUCUGUAUUUACCUGUGUCUAGCUUGUUCUUUCUGCACCUGUCUUUAAAUCUGUCAUUUUGUCUGCCACUCAAUUAGACUUCUUUUGAACAUGGGUUGUUUCUAGUUAUGUAUGUGCUAAGGGUAUGUCAGUAUUCCAGCCAGCGUAACCAUGUUGCUGGAUUAAAAUCCCUGUACAGUAAAAGUGAGUUUGAGAGCUCCGGACUGUAAGAAUGUAUAACCUUAAGCUUAAGCUAGGCAAAUCUCCUGAGAUUACUUUGUGAUUUCCUAAGUUCCUAUUAAUAGACGUCCAUAAAAGGUAGCUGGAGAGAGAGCUUCAUGAUUGUUGGAUGCUUUUGAGGUCUAUCCCGAUGGGGCUUCGUUAGUAGCCACACAUCGUUGGAAACGCCUCAUAUAGUAACUUGUGGUUUUGCUUGACUCGCAGGACUGUUUGUUAGGUCUGUGGGAAGGAACUACAAGACAGCUAACAAAGUACAAAACUGAUGUGCAAUUUUGGUUUUGUUUCUAGAAGCACUGGCAUUUCCUUCAUAAAGAUUAGGAUUCUGAGUGUUAGGUGAGUUUUAGUGACUCUGCAAUUUUGGGGAAGUAUAGCUACAGUUCAGAUGAUGAAUUAAACUGUUCAACUGCUGUAUGAUACAGACAUGAACUAAAAUUUAAUUCUGACAGAACUGGUUACAGGUGUUAGGUUGGAGUAAACUUUAACUGUAGUUUCUAAUAAAGUCAUAUGUACUGUUCUCCAGGAAUGGACAUGAAAGACUCUACAGAGAUGUUGGGCGUCACAAGGGAAACCUACCUUAAAAUGGUAAGACAUUUUUCUGUUUCUAGCUGUCUUUACUUGAGUAGAUGACACGUAUGAGACUCAAGAACUAAGCCUCAUUGUACAUAAAAAUGGGCAUUGUUGUUGGCCAGUGUCCAGUGUCAAUGUGGCUACAUUAAGAUACAGGUCAUGCUUCCAUCACAGCAGAUUAAAUGACAGUGGUGACAAUGAGACCUGCAACAUUUGUCUACUACCCUCCAGUGAAGACAUGUCAAUUCAUUUUAUAUUUUCUUAUGACCAAUCUUACAGGUUUUUAAAGCUAAUUGAAGAAGGGUCCCUAAAUUAAAGUAAAUUGAAGAAAUCCACAAAUCUUCUGGUAAGAUGUGGACUUUGAAACCUUGUGAGAUGAUAAUACUGAAAUUCACUGCUAAGAUUUGAAAAAAACAGUACUACCAUAAAUGAUGUUGUGAUGAUGGGCAAAAUGUUCAACUGCUCUGAAUGGGCUGAAUGAAAGUAGCCUUUCUGAACAUCUGUGUUGGGUAGAUAGAUUCUGUGUAUGCAGACCUGCUGACUGACUCCCCUAAACUGUGGGAAUAUUCUUUGAAUCUGGCAUCAUGUAGAAUUAAAAAUUUUAAUUCUUUGAAACAUAUUUUCUCCCACAGGCUAAGAACUUAGAAGUUGCCAAUGACUGUUGGAAAAGACAGAUAAAAGAGGCAAGUAAUAGCCAUUUAUUUUUACAAUGGUCAUUACCAAGGCUUUUAGAAUGCAGUUUCUCAUUUGCUGUGGACAUGACCAUAAAGAAAAAUUCCCAUUAGGUUUUCCAUAUGCUACUUGAGUAGCACUUAACCUGUUGGGAACAUUUUUUGAGCAAAUCUUUAUCCAGUUGUUACUUUAUAUGUAGAUGGUUCUAGAAUACUGACUACUCAUCCCAUUACUCCCAUGUUCUUAUUAUGCAGGGCUAAAAAUAAAAAGCACAACUGGAUGCCCUUGAGGAAAGGUAUGUGUAUGGGAAGCGGGUAGCGAAGGUCAUUUCAAAGAGGGCUUGGUGGCUGUAAAACCAAAAGCUCUUAACGCUGUGACCAAAGAUUGAUGUUCUUCACAGAGCAGACCAUGCACUUUGUGAUAGUGCUGUUUUUCUGAGAAGAUAACAUGCAUUUCCCUGAAUCACAAUUUAUCAUUAAUUUCAUUUUGUCUCUUUUAGGGCUAUUUUCAGAGUGCCUGGAUGGACAGCAAAGAAAUCAAACCAACCACUUAAAUAAAAAUUUAUUGACAAUAAAUAAUUUUAUACAUUAAAAAAGAACCCUUAACACAA